GUGACGUACCCAGUAAACAGAGAGUCGCGUCAGGGGCUUUUUCACCCUGAGCGCCUGUCGCAAAGCCGCUUGUUGUCCCACGUAGUAAUUCGAUUGAAGUUGAGUAUACGAUUGCCACAACUCAACGCGCUUGUCACCCAGCCGGACAGAUUAAUAGAGCCAUGCCGCCUAAGCGAAAGCCUGCAGCGCAAAAGAGCGCUAACGCCCAGGAGAAGAGGCGCAAGUCAAGCGACAAUGAAAGCUCUGACGAUGCACGCACGAGUGAAAGCCCGCAGAAGUACACUCCGCAGCCCUACGAAUACGUUGUGGUUCAGCGACCAAUGUUCGACGUUGAGAAUGAGAACAACGACAAAGAUGAGGAAGACCAGCUCGACGAAGAUAGUCUAGAUGAGAAAUAUGCGGAACUGACCAAUGCCGAGAACGUCAUGAAGCCUGCGUCUGAGUUUCCGGGCCACAAGUGGAUUGCCAUGGCGGAAGCGUGGAAGCUCAGCAUCGACUACCAUCGUCGCGCAACUUACACUUGCCCCGACUUCUUCGAUAUGUAUAUCUACAAUGACUUUUGCAGCUAUGGUGUGAUUGAAUGCAUCGAAAAUCUUAUCAUGUCGCUUCAUGAACUUCUCAAGAAGAAACAGGACGAGGAGUCUCUUAAGAAGACAUGGGCGCUUUCCGCUGCGCUGAUUCACUGGAUCGUAGCCGAGCAGCUCGGCCCAUGGCUUGGCGCAGAAGAUGGUGAGCGUGUCCAAGCCACGUGUAAUCUCAUUGGGCGUUCCAUUUUGGCGACCCUCAACGAACUUGACUUGGCCGGGCUUCUGAAGGCAGAUUCAUCCAUCAAGGACCUCAGCCUUAUUAUUUCGCUAUACAUUUACUGGUCGGAUGAUCUUGGGGACAUGGGUAUCGAAGAGUCUGAAGACCUGAAAUGGCGCGUCGAGCUCCUCGCAUAUGCUAAGAAGGCCAAACUUGACCUCGAGGCGGCAGGUGUAUAUGGUAUCGGUGAGAAAAUUGAGUCUCUGGAGGAGGAGUAUGAUGAGAUUGCACCAUUGGCCGGCGCUGCAAAGGCCGACCGGUGGGGUUGGAAGCAGGCUUUCAGUGCCCACGCCAAGGACUAUGGAAAAGGUGGUAAGCUUGGGGGUGAGAACUUCAAUAUCAUGAGAAUGUCGAAGAAGGAACGCAAGGAGUACAACUUCGACGGCAAGGACCCACUGGCAGAGUUUUCCCAGGAGGACUUGCGAUCUGGCAAGCUCAUGAUUGGUUAAGUUAUGCUUGUGAAGAAACAUGUAUUCGCAAGUCGUUUCACCGUGGUACUGGUGACGUCUCGUUGAAAGUGUUUGUGGGGUCCGAAGGCUGACAAUUGUAUGAUGCUGUAUGUUAGUUGAAAAGGUCGAAGAUUGAAAUGCGAAACACUAAUCAUCUACCCAAU